AUGGCAUUUUACUUCAUUCCCCAAGUGGACAUGGCCUUUGGCAAGAGAGCGAAGGAGUUGUCCCAAGAUUUGGAUGGCAUCUUGCAGCGCCUUCUGAAGCACCUUUUUCCUGAACUUCCUCGGCAUCGGCAGAUUAUGCUUAAGUUUGAUGCUUCCAUGCUGGAUGCCCGCCGCUGUGGAAGCACCACAAUGGCCGACACGAUGCUGCAACCAGCCGGCCACCAGUUCUUGAAGGAACAGGCUCUGCAAGCAGUUCGCUCUUUGCGAGAUCGGAAGCCCAUCGUCAGAAUCCACGAGAUUCGAAAUCUGCUGGGGUAUCUGGACCCGCUACGGGCCAGGGGCCUGAUGCGGCGGACAUGCAGGCGAGCCCAGUUCAGUGUGGCAGAUUCUUUGAGUGGGAUGGUGUUCCUCGCCAGUGGAUCCCGUGCUCAGGGGCUGAAAUGUUUUGCGCAGCAUGGACACUACCUGCUAUUCGAUUCUGGGCUGAAAAGUCGCAGUAAUGUAUCAGCACCGUGGUUCAGAGGAGUCGGUGUGCCGGAAGGGCUUCUGGGAAUCUGUGUCAACUUCACUCUCGUCGGCUGCGAGGUUCAAGCUGCUUGGAGUUUUCUGCUGAGGAGAUUCAGUCAGCCACUCGAGACACCUCCCCCACCCGAAGCUAUCAUUCGUGCGCGCCUGUGCUCUCAGACUGCAUUCGAAGCCUGGGCGGUUCUUCAAGAGUUCUUGGGCGAAGAUUGCUGGAAGACAUCGCUGCCUGUACUUGCGAAAAGAUUGCAAAGUAUGGAUCUAUUUGAUCCUGCUCUGCAGACGGCUCUUCUCAAUGCAGUUUCACUUGCGCAGUCUGAGUCAUCUGUGCAGCUCGGGAGCCCCAAGAAUCUUAUCGAAAAUCGCUCAGAUUUCUGA